UUAGAAGAACCCUUUCAGCAAUCUUCGCGUUGUCCUAGCUCCUUCUUCCUUUAUCCUAAUUAUACCAGUACCAACUACUUACACGACGGAAACUACUACUCAUUUCCUUCUCGAUAGCCCACUGUUCAGCUUCCUUGACAUCAAAGACACACUCAUACACACGUAUAUAUAGAAGCAACAAUGGGUUGUACUACUGAAACCCGGUUGAGUUCAGAAACUGAUAGCAGCUCCACCUCUUCCUCACCACCGUCAUCCCCGGCGAGUUCCGGGAUCCUUAACCUCAUCAAGCCUGGUUCACUAGAAUUAGAGCCAAAUAACAACAACACCAACAAGAAGAUCAAAAGGGCAAGAGGAGCUGACUCGAGCAAGCACCCGGUCUACCGCGGCGUACGGAUGCGCAACUGGGGCAAAUGGGUCUCGGAAAUCCGCGAGCCCCGGAAGAAGUCGCGCAUUUGGCUCGGAACCUUCCCCACACCUGAAAUGGCAGCCAGAGCUCAUGACGUAGCCGCGUUGAGCAUCAAAGGCAACUCAGCAACUCUUAACUUCCCUGAACUCAGUGACUCGCUGCCGCGGCCGGCCUCUCUUGCUCCCCGAGAUGUUCAGGCAGCCGCGGCCAAGGCUGCCCAAAUGCACCAGUUCGACUCCACUCCGCCUUCAAUGUCCGCCGCGUCAUCGUCGUCCUCGUUGAAUUCUCUGGUCUCGGCUAUAGACAACCUGUCGACCGAGUCGGAGGAACUGAGCGAGAUAGUUGAGCUGCCGAGCCUGGGAACGAGUUACGAGCCGUAUGAGUUGAGAAGUGAGUUUGUGUUGGUGGACUCGGCCGAUGACGAGUGGGUUUAUCCUCCGCCGUGGCUACAGCAAAUGGGGGACUGCGGCGUCUACGUGUGCGGAGGGUUAGGAAGUGCUGCUAAUUCGACUGGCUUUGAGGGUUUGUUAUGGGAUUAUUAAUUAGUAAGUGGUUCUGUUAAGAGUGUUUAAUUGUAAAUUACGUACGUAA